AUGCCCACAAGCGCCCGCUCAAUGGCCAUCACUGAGCUCCCAAAAGCCCCAGGGCUCCGCACUCACACGAGCAUCUUCGAUUCCAUCACACUCAUAAAAGCCUCUAUCAAAGAUCCCAUUCUACGAGAAAUCCGCAAAGACUACCGCUUCAUCUGCUGCCGCUGCAAUUACUCACAGAUCGUCUUCGGCCACUGCAAUGUUGCUUCUGAUAAGCCUGGCCAGACAGUGUUAACAUACUUGGAGCAAAGGUCGGAGGGUCUAGUGCCGAGGCCACUGCGAAAGUGGUCGUGUGGUGGGGGGUGUUUUGAGCGGGAGGAUACCCAUGUGGCGUGCAAUGGGUGCCAGUUUGCGGUGCGGUAUCGGAUCGUGGGCGGGCGGGGUGGGGUUUGGCUGACUGCGGAUAGAAUUGAAGUCAUGUCUUGA